AUGAUCGCUGGCACCCUUGGCCCAGUGGCAUCCGCCUUCAGCAUCUGCGCCCUCGUCACGCCAUGGCGACAGAGCUUUCCCCCAGGGACCGACGUGGAUGCUGCUCCCUUCAUCCGCGACCCGCCCUGGUUGACUGCCAUAAAUGCCGUCCAGCUGUUCAUCGCCAUCGUGGCCAACAUGGCCCUCCUGCUCAACAUGACUAGGCGCCUCAGCUUCACAAUCGCCCAGCCCGUCACCAUCAUCGGCUGGUACAUCUCAUCCUUUACUCUGAUUGCCCUCACUGCCACUGGUGCCGGCCCCCUCGUCGUCGAGCCGGCCGACGAAUUCAUUUGGUCCCAAGCCUUCUAUUACGGAGUCUACGCGGCCGUUGUCUAUUUCCUGGUCGCCUCUCUCAUGGUUGUCACCUACAAGGGUGCUUACCUCGGCCGCUACCCCAAAGACUUCAUGUUGACCCCCAGCCAGCGGACGUUGAUGCUGCAAACCAUCAUGCUCCUCCUGUAUCUGCUUGUUGGUGCCCUGAUAUUCUGCAAAAUCGAAGGUUGGGCCUACCUCGACGCUGUAUACUGGGCCGCCGUGACCCUCUUUACCGUCGGCUUUGGCGACUUCUACGCCACCACCACACUUGGCCGAGCACUGCUCUUGCCUUACGCGCUCGUUGGCAUCAUCAGUCUCGGCCUGGUUAUUGGCUCCAUCCGCAGCCUGGUUCUAGACCGCGGCAAAACUCGACUCGGCGCUCGUAUGGUGGAAAAGAAGCGCCGCAGGACUCUCCGGCGCAUGACGCGGCUGGGCAAAGACGACAUCCUCGUGCCCAUCACGGAUGACCCGCACACCUUAUCGUCCGUCCGGACCGACGCCUCGGGCCUGACCGAAUUUGAGCGGAGAGAGCGCGAGUUUGAGCUGAUGCGCAAGAUCCAGGAGGUCGCUCACCGUCGCCGUCGGUGGGUUGCUAUGGGUAUAUCGACCGGCACCACAUUGGUGCUGUGGCUGGUCGGUGCAAAGGUGUUCCAGGAGUGCGAGGUGCGGUACCAGGGGUGGAGCUACUUUGACGCCUUUUAUUUCGCAUUUGUCAGCUUGACCACCAUCGGCUACGGGGAUAUUACGCCCGUAUCCAAUGCCGGCAAGACGUUUUGGGUGUUUUGGGCGCUGUUGGCCCUGCCGACCAUGACUGUCUUGAUCUCCAAUGCAGGCGACACCAUCAUCAAGGGCAUCCGCGAAGGAACAGAUCGGGUCGCCACAGUCACCAUUCUGCCCAGCGAGCGCGGAUUUAAGAGAGACGUCAAGCAAUUGCUGCGGAUGCUGUCGUUCGGCAUUCUUUUUGACGAAGACAUUGAGCAAGAACCCACUGGGCUCCUCGGCCAGCCGCAGCGGCUCAAAGAGGCCAUGGGCGACAGCAAUAACAAAAGGGGUGACGCCGAACAGGAAAUGCAACAAGACGAAGCCGACCUCGAGGCCGAAGGCGCCAACACAGCCGAAACCAGACAAAAGCGCGCAGACCGCGAACGCCUGGAAGAAGGCCAUACCGCCGCAGCCGAAGCCAACGCGGCAGCAGAAACAGCCACCACACCACCCUCAACCACGAACACGAAAGUAACCUUCUCAUCCCCCUCCCGCAAAUCCAAACCCUUCCGCACAGACUCGACCGCCUACCACCACCACCACCAGCAGCAGCAUCAACCCCCCUCCAUACCCCGACAACAACAACAAACCCCCAUCCCACCACCAAUCCCAGACAAUAGACAUGACUACCACGUAACACUAAUCGACGAGAUCCGCCGAGUCACGGAGCACCUGAAACACCACCCCCCAAGGAAAUACUCCUUUCACGAGUGGGCGUGGUAUCUGCGCCUAAUUGGCGAGGACGAAGCGGACGCGGAGCGGCAUCGGCGAGCCGCGUUGCGCGCCAAACAUGGCAAGGCGAAGAGUCUCGAGGGUAGCAGUAGGGGAAGGGGUACGGGUGGGGAUGAUGAGACGGGUUCGGAGAAAGGUGUCAAUGAAGGGAACGACGGACAGGAGGGGCGGGAGAAAGGUCGUGUCAUAAAGGAGGGCGGCGGGGAUGAUGGGAAGGGGGAUAAUGGCGAUGCAAAAACGCCGCAGCGUGCAUAUGGUGGCGAAGCGAUACCGGUCAGGGAGGGAGGAGAAGAAAAGGGCCAGGCGAUGGAAAGGGAGACCGAAACUGCUUCCACACACUCCCCUUGCCUCUACCCCUGGAGCUGGGUCGGGGACAGGAGCCCGCUGAUGGGCUCGCAGGAAGAGGCCGAGUGGAUUUUGGAGCGACUGAUUGCGCGGCUGGGAGAGGAGUUGAGGGCGGCUAGGGAGGCUCAUCAUCACUCUGGUGGUCAGUGA